AUGGUGGACCAGCACAACAUCGCCUCGGCCCACGGCGGCCUGCCCGCGCCCGGCCUGGCGACGCAGCUGCUGCACCGGGACGACGUCGACCACCUGGCGCACCCCAACCACCCCAUCGCACCCACCCUCACCACGAGCACCACGUUCCGCGCCCCGCACCCGGACUCUGCCGCGGCGGCGCACAUGCGCAGCGCCGUGGCGGGCGAGGUCGACUUUGACUUCCAGGACCCGCCCACCCACGUCUACAGCCGCUACUCGCAGGACACGAACCUGCGCGCCGAAAAGGUCCUCUCGUCGCUGCUGCGCGGCCACGCGCUGACGUACGCCUCGGGCCUCAACGCCGCCUACGCCGCCCUCCUCUUCUACUCGCCCUCGGUCGUCGCCAUCCGCAACGGCUACCACGGCGUCCACGCAUCCCUCAAGCUCUACUCGAGGGGCAGGGACGUAAAGGUCAUCGACCUCGACGCAGAGUACCCGCGCUUCGCACCGGAAAAGCAGAGGGACGGCGGCCUGCUCGUCUGGGUCGAGACGCCCCUCAACCCGACCGGAGAGGCGCGCGACCUCUCGCUCUACUCGGAGCGCACCCGCGCCGCCGGCGGCAGCCUCGUCGUCGACUCGACCUUUGCCCCGCCCCCGCUCACCGACCCGUUCGCGUUCGGCGCCGAUAUGGUCAUGCACUCGGGCACAAAGUACUUUGGCGGCCACUCGGACGUCCUCUGCGGCGUGCUGGCCGUCAAGGACAAAGCGGACUGGGACGCACUCUGGCACGACCGCACCUACCUCGGCUCGACGCUCGGCAGCCUCGAAGCCUACCUCCUCCUCCGAUCGCUCCGCACCCUCACGCUGCGCGUCCAGAGGCAGAGCGAGACGGCCACCAAGCUCGCCCAGUGGCUGCACAGUCUCAGCCUGCCGUCAAAGUCUUCCGACACCAGCAGCGGCGACACUGGGGAGCAGCAGUCGCCGCCGCCGUCGUCGUCGUCGUCUACAUCGCCGUCGUCGAUCUCGGGCGGAAAGGUGAUCGGACGCACCUGGCACGGCAGCCUCCAGCCGCGGCAGGAUACCGAUCUGGAUCCGCUGGCCAAGUCCGAGGGGCUCGGCUUCGACCCGCGCCAGCAGAUGCCCGGCGGCUGGUCGCCCACCUUCGCCUUCCGUACCACCAAGCCAGAGUACGCGCGCAUGCUGCCCCACCUCCUCCGCUACUUUACCCCCGCCACGUCCCUCGGCGGCGUCGAGUCGCUCAUGGAACACCGCAUCGUCAGCGACCCGGGCGAAGAUGCUCGCCUCAUCCGCGUCUCGGUCGGCCUAGAGGACUUUGAGGACCUCCGCGCCGACAUCGCCCAGGGCCUCGAGACGCUGCUCAAGGCCGAGCAGGAGCAGCAGCGGCAGCUGUAG